GUAAUCUAUCUGAGUGUGACAAGGCAGACAAAGCAGAGCUGGCAAGUCAUAGAUAAAUAUGUGAUGGAUUUUGUAAAAUGGAUGCUUUUUCUCCCUUGGUCCUUUUAGGCCAAAAAGGUCAUUUGGUAAAUUGAUGUUCAGCACAGGUAGGAGAAGAAUAGGUAUUAGGAAUAAGUAGGGAAUCAGUAGUUCAAAAGUGAGGAUGUGGUAAAGGUAGAUGCAAGGGAAGUAUCGCCUUUUCAGCCCCUAUUAUUGAUCCACUGCCCACUAAAUAGCAUAAAGACAUUAAGGGAGAACUGAAUUUAGUGAAGGUUUCCUUUUUUCCACUGACCAUAUGUAGGGGAAGAGUUAGGGUUAUAUAGGAAAACACUGACUAUUGAAAAGUAUUCACAGAACUCUAAUGUGUCUGUGUAACUUAUUCAAAGAUAUACUAGAGGAAAUCACUAUACUGUUACUCCAAGGAAUGAAUGGACAGUAUGACUAAUUUUGCAAGGCUACUGAGACCGGCACUUUCGGUUUUUUCUUUGGAGCAGUAAUUAUAAAGUGGACUGUGCGUGUCACAAGGGGAACCGGAAUUGCCCUAUACAGAAAAGGAAUCCCAAUGCUGCAGAAUCACCACUCCCACCUCCUCCAAGCUUACCCACCAUCGGAGCAGAGACAAGACGUAGGAAAGCACGACGGAAAGAGCUAGAGAUGGAGCAGCAGAAUGAGGCUCCAGAAGAGGAUAACAAUCAGCAACCAGAACAAGUUCCUGAGAAAGCAGCUGUGUCCAGUGACCAUGAGGAAAUAGACAAUCCAGAAGAAAAAGCAGAAGAAGAGAAAGAAGAGGUUACAGAUGACCAGGAGAACCCAGCUUAUAGCAGAAGGACCCGGGAAGAUAGGAAGGUCGAAGCCAUCAUGCAUGCUUUUGAAAACUUAGAGAAAAGAAAGAAGCGGCGGGAUCAUCAGCCCUUGGAACAAAACAGCUCUGACAUAGAGAUUACUACCACUACUUCAGAGGUCCCUGUGGGAGAAGAGGCAAAAACUGAAGCCCCUGAACCCGAAGUUAGCAACCCUGCUUCAAACAUGGCCAUCCCAAGCACCCCACAGAGUGUUGGAGUGAACACCCGGAGGUCUUCCCAAGCAGGGGAUGUUGCUGCAGAAAAACCAGUCCCCAAGCCACCUCCAGCAAAGCCUUCUAGGCCCCGACCGAAGAGUCGAAUUUCUCGGUACCGGACCAGUUCAGCCCAAAGACUAAAGCGUCAGAAGCAGGCCAUUGCACAACAGGCGGAGUUGUCACAAGCUGCCUUGGAAGAGGGAGGAAAUAACAGCUCUGUAACUCCUACUGAAGCUGGAAAUAUAGACAGUUCAGGAGAAAACAGGCUAUUAAUGGGGUCUGACCCAACUGUAGUAUCAGUUACUGGAUCCCAUGUCAACCGUGCUGCACCUAAAUACCCCAAAACCAAAAAGUAUCUAGUUACAGAAUGGUUGAAUGACAAAGCAGAGAAGCAAGAAUGCCCUGUUGAGUGCCCUUUACGUAUCACCACGGAUCCAACUGUACUGGCAACAACCCUGAACAUGUUACCUGGUCUUAUCCAUUCCCCAUUAAUUUGCACCACCCCCAAACACUACAUUCGCUUUGGCUCACCCUUUAUCCCUGAGAGACGUCGAAGGCCCCUUCUGCCUGAUGGCACCUUCAGCUCCUGUAAAAAGCGCUGGAUAAAGCAAGCCUUGGAAGAAGGGAUGACUCAAACAUCAUCUGUACCCCAAGAGACUAGAACUCAGCACCUAUACCAAAGUAAUGAGAAUAGUAACUCUUCUAGUAUCUGCAAAGACAAUGCAGACUUGUUGAGCCCAUUAAAGAAAUGGAAGUCUCGCUAUCUGAUGGAACAGAAUGUCACCAAGUUACUGCGGCCUCUUUCUCCAGUCACACCACCCCCUCCCAAUCCAGGCUCAAAGAGCCCCUCCCUGACCACACCUGGCCCAUCUCACCCAGAAGAGGAGUGUCGAAAUGGAUACAGCCUCAUGUUCUCACCAGUCACGUCUCUUACUACUGCUAGUCGCUGCAAUACUCCUCUGCAGUUUGAGAACAUAUCCUCCCCUGAGAGUUCCCCUGCGAAUAGGCCCGAGUCCCUGUCACCCGAGCUUUGUCACCGGAAAGACCUGGACUUGACAAAAGUAGGCUACCUUGACUCCAACACUAACAGCUGUGCUGACAGACCUUCCCUGAUCAACUCAGGUCCUUCUGACCUGGCUCCUCAUCCCUCUAUCGGAACCCCCUCUGAGACUGGCUUUUCAAGCAGGAGUGGAGAUGGACAUCAGACCCUUGCAAGGAACUCGGACCAGGCAUUUCGGACAGAGUUUAACUUAAUGUACGCCUACUCCCCAUUGAACGCUAUGCCUCGAGCAGAUGGAUUAUAUCGAGGGUCUCCCCUAGUAGGGGAUAGGAAGCCUUUACAUUUGGACGGGGGAUAUUGUUCCCCUGCAGAAGGGUUUCCCAGCAGAUAUGAACAUGGUUUUAUGAAAGACCUCUCUCGUGGAUCCAUGUCACCUGGUGGUGAAAGGGCUUGUGAAGGAGUCCCAUCUGCCCCCCAGAACCCACCGCAGAGGAAAAAGGUAUCCCUCCUGGAGUACCGAAAACGGAAACAAGAAGCCAAGGAGAAUUCGGCUGGUGGGGGAGGUGACUCUGCACAGAGCAAAAGCAAGUCUGCAGGAGCUGGGCAAGGCAGCAGCAACUCACUUUCUGACACUGGUGCCCAUGGUGUGCAGGGAUCCUCAAUCCGAACUCCAUCUUCCCCUCACAAAAAAUUCUCCCCAUCUCAUUCCUCUGUGUCCCAUAUGGAGGCGGUAAGCCCAUCAGAUUCCAGAGGCACUUCAUCUCACUGCAGACCUCAAGAGAAUAUCAGCAGUAGGUGGAUGGUUCCCACGUCAGUGGAACGACUCCGAGAAGGAGGGAGCAUCCCCAAGGUCCUCCGAAGCAGUGUGAGGGUGGCCCAAAAAGGAGAGCCUUCUCCCACGUGGGAGAGUAACAUCACAGAAAAAGACUCAGGUGAGCCCAUGGCCUUCUGCUGCCAGCCAGGUUUAGGAACACACGAGCCAGGCUCUAUACUAAGUGCUCACCAAAUGCUGGACUGAGGUGAGUCAGUUUCUUACGCAGUUGGGCUCCACUGGAGGGAAGGUUCCAGGUCAGUCUUGCUUCCACUGUUCUGGGCUAUAGCAUUCCUAAGAUCUUGCAUCCAUUAAGUGUUCUCUUUCUUUCUCUCUCUGUCCCUCCCUCCCUCUCUCCCUUUCUCUCUCUCUACCUCUCUGUCCCCCCUCUUUCUCUCUCUCCCUCUCUCUCCCUUUUUUCCCAAGAGAUACCUUCUGUAACUCUUCUCUGCAAAGGCCUGGAAAUCCAUUUUGAUGAAGGAUGAAGAGAAUGAGACAGGAAUCAGACAGGCAUUUAAAACA